CGCUUUCAUAACCAGAGCAGCUGGUCGGUCUCGUUUCCCAAUAUAAUUUAUUUUGUAUUGAUAUUUUCGAAAUAAAAUGAACUCGUUAAGGCUAUUGUCGCCACUGCAGCUGAGCCUGACUGUGACGCGCAGCUAUGGCAAGCACAACAAGAAGUUCUUAUACAAAGACGGCAAGAAAUACGAGAACAUUAUAUAUUAUCCCAGAACAGCCGACCAUCAGGAUCCGCCCGUUGAGCCAGCCAAAUUGUUUCGUGUGCAGCGCAUUAAACCCGUAAAAGGUAAUCCGUUUUGGGAGAAACGCUUACUCAAAGAUCUGGGACUCGAUGGAAAACAAAGCGAUUUUGCAGUGGUUAAAAAUAUACCCGAAAAUAAUGCACGAUUGUGGAAAAUCAAGCAUUUGAUCAAAGUGACGCCCAUUACAUUUCCAUACGGUGAACCAACGGCUGAGGAUAUUAAGCAUACGAUUCUUAAGGAGAAUGGCGAGUGUCUGGUCACAAAGGAUAUUGGUCCUGUGGAAAUUCGACUCGAGGCACGCGACAAUUUCGAUGAGCAGCCAAAGCGCUUGGACACGGAACUCUUGCGAAAGGAUUCACGUCUCAAGUGGCUGAAUCCUUGGUAGCAUUAGGAAUUCAUUCAUUAAGUUCGUUUUAAUGUGAAAAUAUUGAAAAUAGAAACAAAAUCUGUUCAUAAACUUA